AUGACUUUCAGAUCUUACUUAAUCAUGAUUUCACCAAUGUUGGGAAUGAAUAUAAUAUUAUUCAUCUUACUUCUUUUAGUUCUUUUUGUUUUAAAAUCAUUUGUUGACAAGAACAAGCGAUUCUCCAAAAAAGAUCCAAAGAGAUUCUCCAAGAUUGAAUGGCCUUUCUUAGGAUCGAUUCAUAAGAUUACAAAACUCCCAUAUCGUGCUUACAAUGAUGCUGUAAUGAGUGAAGAUGGUGACGGUAAGAUGUUAAGUCUUUGGUUAGGUGAUCGUUAUACAAUCGUUGUUAGUGAUCCUGUUAUUAUAAAGGAGAUAUGGUCGAAAAACUUUCAAUCUUUUAGUGGUAGAUACAAACAUGAAUCGGCUACAUUGAUCAGUGGAAACUACAACAACUUGUUGUCUGGCGAUUUUCAUGCGUGGCAACCACUCAGAGCUAUUGUGUCGUCUGCAUUCACCAAGUCAAAGAUCAGAUCGAUGAAUACCAAGAUGGAGGAUCACACUGUUCUAUUGAUAGAAUCAAUGAAAGAAUUUCAGAAAUCAAAUCAACCUUUUUAUCCAGAGAGAUUGUUUAAGAAAUAUACAAUGAAUGUUGUUUUAGCAAUAAUAUUCUCGAAAACUCUGGAGGAGAAUAAUGAUGGAAUUAUAAAUCAGAUCGUUAUGACAUUCAAGAAUAUGUUGAGAAUGAGUUCACAAGGCACCAUGGAGAACUAUGUUAAAAUAAUGAAACCAUUGCUAAUCAGAAAACGAAAUACAAUUCUUUCACAAUUGGAAAUAUGUAAAUCUUAUAUUAGAGAUAUUUAUAAUGAACAUAUAGUUGAUUUCGAUCCUGAAAAUCCUCGUGAUCUAUUUGAUAUUGUAAUUGGUGAGAAUCCAGAGUCAGUAGAGAGAAUCAUUAGAGUUGCACUUGAUUUACUUUUGGCCGGUAGUGAUACUAGUGCUGCUACAAUGAUAUGGUUUGGUUUGUAUAUGAUUAACUACCCAGACGUUCAAGAAAAGAUUGCCAAUGAAUUGAAACAAUUGAAUAUCAACAAAAUCAAUUUGAUGCACAAACCAAACACACCAUAUACAAUGGCUGUAUUAAAAGAAGUACUUCGUAUCAGACCUAUUGCACCGCUGGGUUUAACUAGAUCAAACGAAGAAGAUAUGGAAAUAUGUGGAUAUUUCAUACCUAAACGUACACAAAUAUUAAUGAAUAUAUUCUCUGUUCAUCAUAAUCCAAAGUAUUGGCCAAAUCCAGAGGAAUUCAAUCCAGAUAGAUUUAUGACCGAAGAAUCCACAACAAACUAUCAUGAUAUUUGGAUUCCAUUUGGUACUGGUCCAAGAAAUUGUGUUGCAUCCAAUUUGGCAAUCGAUGAGAUUUAUAUUGCAAUUUCCAAUAUUAUUUUAAACUUUAAAUUAACAUCUUCAACUGGAUCACCUGCAGAUGAUACCGAAGUAUAUGGUACAACCAUUCAUCCAAAACCAUAUGGUAUUCACUUGGAGCAAAGAAAUCUAAAUAAUAAUUAA